CAGGUUCAUCGUGGCCACCUCAAAAGCGGUGGAUGUUCAGAAUCCAUCAGUGGGUUAGUCGCGGGGGCAGCACAUACUACCCUCUGCCCCUUCAGCAUCCAAAAGACACCAUCUGACUAUGACUUUCUGCUUCCCCAACCAGUAUUCGAAGACACCUUAAACAGCUGCCCUCCAUCCCAGCCUCCUCCUCCUCCUCCACCUGCGAGACACAGCUUUACUGAGCCACCCUCAUCAUCCUCAUCCUGUAACUCUUCCAUAUCAUCCAACUCUGUUAUCAAUCAACUACACAUGCCCCCCUCUGGACACGAGCAUGUCCUGUUAACUCCAGACUCAGUUUUUGGCAUGGUGAACAGUGCUGCUCCUCCGCAUCCAGCCAAAAGGCAAACGGACAAUGUGAAAGACUCCAGAGGCAUCCUGGAGUACAACCAUCCAGUAUCACUGGACUGUUUGCAGGCACCGGCGAGGCCACCCAAGCCAUAUCCCAGGAAGAUUCCUCCAGAAAUACAACCAGAAAAACCACACAGCCUGGUACUGGAGAGCGAAGAUGCAAAGAUAGCCAAGCUGAUGGGCGAGGGUUUCGCUUUUGACGAUGUGAAGCGAGCACUGAUGAUUGCUCAGUACAAAGUGGAUGUGGCCCGAAACAUCCUGCGAGAAUUUGCCUUAGUGGCCCCCAGACUCAACCUCUAGUCCCAACAGAGAGUGAAAGUGGAGCACAGCGAUGACCGUGCCUCUAAAAAAGGCUUCUUUAUUCUCUUUGGUCUCAGACUUUUAGGGAAAAGUAGUGAUGGAAAGAAACAGAAAUAUUUCAAGGGAGACUUAGCUUUUGUUGCCAAACAGAGAUGACAUGCACAACAAAGUGGCUAAAACCAAAUCACUGCAGAGCACAGAGAAUCAAAAAAGGGAAAGAAGUGUGUGUGAAUGAUUAAACCUGUGAAAAAAGAAAAGGGUUGUUAUGUUUACAGUGAACUUUGCCAGUGCUGGUCUGUGUGUCUGGGUGCGUGGACCAGAUCAUGCUACUGCUGCUACUGUCCUUUCACAUCACUCAGAGCUGAAAGAUUCUCAUAAUAGCAAAACAGUUUCAGCUACACGUUGUCAGAGGAUCAGUUUUCAUAACCAGUGGGGUGAGCCUUUCUCUAAGAUGUUUCUUCUCUAGCUGCUUUCCACCCUCUCCUCUCUUUAGUGCCUUCUGUUUUACUUCCUCCUCCUCUUCCCGUAUGUGUUUUUCAGAAUACUCGAUUUUUUGCCAAGAGUUUGACAUAGUAAUUGUGUAGAGGAAUAAAUAUAUCCAAAUAAAUACUUUAUUUGGACAAGAAAAACAGAGGAGAAGCAUGCGAGGGCUAAUUUUGCUCUUUGCUUCUGUUCCUACACCGGGGGGUGUUUAUUAUUAUGUUUUUCAUCUUUGGGCAGCAAGCCUAAGAAUAUAUUUGUUCUCCAUAAGUGACCUUUACCUUUUUUCAUUCCGUCAGGCCUAGUUUUUUCUUUAAGUGAUGGUGUGUUUAAUGUUUGUGGAUGUUUGAUUUGUCUGUGUCUAAAGCCAAGUUUAAAGAAAUGACAGGAACGGGUGCAGUUCCAUAAAACAUAAAUAUCUGUUAGAUCUCAGAAAUCAGAUGAUCCACAGCCACCUGUCUCCCAUCUCACACUGAAAAUGUUCACAUCCACACAUGAUGGAGGAAGCACUCUCAGCCUGAUUUGAGAGAGGGUAAUUUGAUAGCUUGCAUGUGAACACAAUGGAGAAGAACAAAAUACUGCAGAGGUUUCAAAACGCAUGACCAGUUAUAUGCACGGUCAUUGUAAUGUUAAAAACCCUUUCCUCACAAUAUGGCAUCUGCUACAGGAAAAACAGCAUAAAAAAACUUACCAAGUUUGUGAAGCACAUGGUGCUUGAACAACUUCAAUGUUAAUCAACCAAAACAACGACAGGUUAAAGCCUAAACCAAGAAAAGACACACAAUAGUGUCAUAAUAAAGAAGCUCAUCAUGGGAUGUCCCUCGGCGCCCUGAGGCUAACUAAGCAGAUUUUCAGGGUUUCUUUCUCACAAAGAAAAGUUUAAAGCCUAAUCUUGAAAGUGCAGUGCCUUUCUCCUAAAUCCAAACUGAAUGAUCUGCUCCCCAUUCUGUUUUUCAAAAGUUACAAUUUUAGCCAAAGACAUGGGGUUGCAUGUUAAAGCAUAUCUGGUGUAAAACUCAAAUCAAACAUCUUGUGCUACCUACUGUGGUGAUCCCUUUGUGAUAAGGGAGCAGCUGAAGACAGCUUUUAUACUGAGUAUGCAGACCAUAAAAUCAAAAUUGUAUGGUCUGCAGUGACCUUUCCCAUCAGGGGGACUAGUUGAACCUAACAAUUCCACAUAUUCACAGAAUCCAAGGUAGGAGUCAGGUGUUAAUAUUUGUUCCUUUAAUAUGUCAAAUAUCUGGAAUUCCAUAAUAAUUUCACCUCAUAAUUUGAGACUGUGAUAAAAAUUUACUUUCCAAAGUAAUUUUUGAGAUUUCCUGAACAAUUUCCUUGAGGAAAACAAGCUCUCAGGUGAUGUGACACGUUGUAAAUCGCUUAUCUAGGUGAUUUCUGUUUUUUAAGACCUAUUUUGAUGUUUUUCUGUAAUUGCUUUCAUGCAUUUGUCAAACCUGCGGACUUGUUGAAAUCGUGUCUUAUCAUAUGAACAAUUUGUCCUUUGUUCUGAGUUUUUAAGUCAAUAAGUCAAGACUCCUUAUUACAAAAACAAACAACCGAGGUCAAAAAGUUGAACUGUCCUUAGAUAAAAUAGUAGAUAAACUGUCGUUUUUAUACCUUUAAACUGUGAUGAUUGUUUGCUUGCAUGUUUGCUUACAUAACAUUCGCAGACAGCCUGCUGCCUAGGUUAAACUAGGUCCUAUUUUCCUGUUUUCACAUUCCAAUUUUAUGGUCAUUCACUGUUAGACUAUCAAAAUAAUCUGAGUUGACAAUAGUGUUUUAUUGUUUGUUUUGUUUUUCACAGAGCCCACUCUGAUUGAGGCUUCUUCCUUUAAAAUGGAAAUACAGUCAAAACUUUGUUAUACCGUAAAUACAAGAAAAUGAUAUUCACAGAUCUACUAACACAGCUAACUGGCUUUGUGUGUUAGUCUUUAAAUGGUCCAGUUGUAUUUAUAGUGUGAGUGUGAUCCCCAGCAUGAAGGCUUUUUUUUUUUUACUUGAGUAUUUAGUUCAUGUUUUGGAACAAGCCAAGGUUUUUAACAGGCUUCUCCAUGAUAAAGUUCAACAGAUUCACACAGCUACCAGAUUAACAUGCAAAAAUGUGAAUGUGGCUCUACUCCAGCCUAGUUCAUGUAUUAAUGGAGACAGGGAGUUUACACAUAUCUGGAACCACAACGCUGAUAUUCCACUUUCUGAUAUGCCAUUUAGUGGCAUUCCCCCUUUUGCAGUGGUCCUUUUGUAUAGCAACCAUCUUUCCUAAGCUCAGUAUUGUCCAUUCUGUUGGACACCCUUGUGAUGGGCUUAAAUAACCUUUGGUUGCAAAGAGCAAUUUUAAUGUUCUGAAUUCAUUUACAUAUUAAAGUGCUCUAGUGAAAGAAAUGUGUUGAUUACAUGUAAUGCAUAAUGUGCAGUUUAUGUUUAUAUUUAUGUUAUUCAUGCUUUUCCUGAUUGAUUUUUUAUUAAUCGAUAAUAAACAGUCACAGUUACCUAUUAAA